AUGUUUUGGAAAAAGCUGAAGGUAUUGGGUGCGGGUUCUUACGGAACGGUGUCUCUUGCAGCACCAAUGGAUGGUUCGUCUACUUUUACAGCAGUGAAAUCCGCAGAAGCGAAGGAUUCGUCUUCGCUUUCAAUGGAAGGAGGAAUAUUGGAUGCGCUGAAAGGGUCUCCAUACGUAGUUCAGUGCUUCGGAGAAGAUGUAAGCGUCGAAAACGGUAAACCCACUUAUAACCUCUUGCUUGAAUAUGCUGCCGUUGGCACUUUGCAUGAUUUAGUUGAUAUCUACUCUAAGUCUAAGACGAUGCUCGAAGAAUCAGAAGUCGCAUACUAUUCUUUUCAGCUUUUAACAGGGAUUUCUCAUGUUCAUCGCAAAGGGUUUAUUCACUGCGAUCUAAAGCCGAGUAAUAUACUUGUUUUUCCUACUAUCGAUCACGAAUAUGAUAGUAUUGUGGAUGUGCGCCUCAAGUUGGCCGAUUUUGGACUGUCUUUGAGAGCGGUAGAAAACGAAACACAUACAUAUUGGGAUAGAGGCUCAAAGAAGUGUCGUCAUAAUAGAGGGACUCUUCUUUAUGCUUCCCCAGAAUCUAUAGCUUGUGGGAUUCAUGGUAAAGCCGUUGAUAUUUGGGCACUUGGUUGCAUAGUUGUAGAGAUGAUCACAGGGAGGCGGUUAUGGUCGUGUUGUGAAGGUAUUGAUGAUUUGGACUUCAAGAUUACACAUGAACAACCUGUGAUUCCGAGUAACGUUUCUAAUAUAUGCAAGGACUUUCUGGCCAAGUGUUUUGAAAAGGAUUAUAAUUGGAGAUGGACUGCGGAUAUGCUACUCACUCAUCCGUUCAUCAAGAGUGCUACGUCGUCGAGUAAAUAUCAUCCAAAAGAUCAUGGGCUGAUGAUAAGUAAUAGGGUUAUUAUUAACCCUUUUAGUCAAUAUCGCAGAAGUUGGGUUUCUAAGCAGCACUUGUUUUCAACGUGCUUUCAAGUGCCUUCAAAUGAUAACUUUGGUAUUUUUCCAGCAGAGAAUGCACAAUCUAGUAAGCUAGCAUGCAACUGA